AUGCCACCAAAGAAAGCAGUAACUAAAUCACUAAAGUUUGAACCUAAGGAAAUGGUAUUUGCAAAAAUGUCAGGAUAUCCACAAUGGCCAGCAUUUAUAACACCACAAGAAUUAAUCCCAAAUUCAGUAUUAAAAGUGAAAAAGAAGGGAACAGAUUAUUGUGUUAUGUUUAUACCUGAUGGUGAUUUUUAUUGGGUAACUGAUAAAAGUUUAGAAUUAUUAACUCAAGAAAAAUUGGAUAAAUCUUUGAAAGAUAUUCCUGAAGAUAUUAAGAAGCAAGCAAAGGAAUUAAAAGGAAAGAAGAGAGGGAAACUGAGUAAUAUCAAAGAAGCCAUUGCUGCUGCAGAUGGAUUGGAUUUUGAAACUUUUAUUAGGGCGUUUAAUGAAGAUGUUGAAGAUGAGGAAGAAGAUGAUGAAGAAGAAGAGGUAGAAGAGGAUGAAGAAGAUGUUGAAGAGGAAAUCGAGACAAAACCAGUAGUGAAUAAAUCCAAAUCUGUGAAAGUAGAAUCUAAGAAACAGCCAGAACUGAAAAAACCGAGAAAAGAAGUUAAAAAAGAGGUAACUAAAGACAAUCUUGAAGAAGAUGAACCUGAAAUUGAUAUAUCAGAGGGAGUGAGAACAACACGAAAUGGAAAAACUAGAGUUUCUAUACCUAAAAAACCAGUGGCAACGCGAAAUGGCAAGAAUAAUAAACGAAAAGCACCAAUAGAUGAAGAACAGGAAGUUGAAGAAAUCAUCAAACCAUCCACCAAGAAACAACGAACCCCAUCAAAACCCGAAUCCGACAAAAAAUCCGACGAAGAUGAGCCUAAUCAUGACGAAAAUCAAGAUUCUUCAAAUAUAACAUCAAAAUCAAACAAUUCAUCAAAAUCAACAGCCACAACCACCUCAUCUGAAGCAAGUAAAGAUGAAAAACUGCAACAAUUAUGGUUAUGUCGAGUCAAACUUCAACGAUCACUAAUACAAAGAAAUCAACCCACCACACCCAAAGAUACCACCAAUUUAAAACCACCAACAGCGGAUGAAUUACUGGUUGCAAGAUUGAUAUUGUAUCGAUUAGGAGAUUUCCCCGUUAAUACUUCAUUAUUAAAAGAAACUAAGAUUCAUAAAGUAUUGAAAUGUAUUUUGAGAGAUCCAGCAUUGGAAUAUCCUGAUAGUUUUAAAUUACAUGAACGAUGUGAAGAAUUGUUGAAUAAAUGGGAUCCAAUUAUUCAGAGUUUAAAAAUCGAAAAACUGGGUAAUAAUAGUAGUCAUCAUCAUAAUCAUAAUAAUAAUCGUGGUGGUGGGGCGAGUUCUCGUUCCGCAAUGAGUCCGAGCAAUGAAGAAAGUGGGAAGAAUACCGUGAUUUUUAAGAAUGGACUUACGGCGACAAUGGGGAAUAAGAAAUCGUCACCGAUUAAUAAUAAUCAUGGGGAUGAUUCUGAAGUAUCGGCACUUGAACAAAGUAUACUGGAAAUAGAGCCUAAGAAACUGAGUAGUGAUGAGGAUUUGGCGGGUGGUGAAAAACGAAAAUUGGGAGAUGAUGCAAGAACACCUACUUCUGUGGAAAGUUGA